UUGGACCUCAGCACUUUCAAUUAAUUAGAGAUGAUCCAUGGCUCCACUGGGACCUAAGAGGCAUUUCCCCAUCCAAUUCUUUGUAAGCAACAGCACACAACAACACGCAACGCCAUCGCAAGCCAUUGGCUUUGAAUGACGACAUAGCAGCCAUGUAAAUACAUCGAAUAUUGUUUGUUAAUUUGAUGCUGUCCAUUUCGCGAGGAAAAGUUUACAAAAUGGAGAGCGCCAAAACUACGCUUCUUACGACAGCCCGGAUCAGUAGCACACUUUCAACCAAGAAAACGGAGAUACCGGGGAACGAUACCGACAUACAGCUGACCGUGGAGACAUACAUGACAUCGGGAAUCAGUGGAAGUUUGGGAAUACACCCCUCUAUGGUGAACGGUACGGGCAAUGACUCAUCGCCAUAUGAUGACGACUUUGGAGCCUUCACGAAAUCGCCGUGGCACCUCGGUAUAAUCAGCAUCAUCUACGGCAUCCUCAUCAUAAUAACCGUAGUCGGAAACAUCUUCGUCAUGGUCGCUUACCAUCGCGACCCUAGGAUUCGACGUAGCGUCGCGAACACGUUCAUCCUCAACCUCGCCAUCGCCGAUUUCAUAGUUGGUGCUUUCACAUUGCCUGUUUACUUUGGAUGGAACCUCGUGGGGGUGUGGAUAUUCGGAGAAUACUUGUGCAAGGUGUGGUCUUUCGUCGACUUCACAGUGACAGCUAUGUCGGUGAUCACCAUCAUCCUCAUCAGCCUCGAUCGCUACUGGCUGCUCAGCAAGAAGGCAGCUUACGCUUCGUUCCAAACACAGCGACGCGUUGACACGACAAUAGGGAUAUGUUGGUCAGUAGUCUCGGCUAUAUUCCUUGUUCUAAUAUUUGCCUGGUCUGCUAUUGUAGGUCAAUUCAACGUCGACUUCUCAAACUUUUGUGAGAGCGAGUUUGUCUUCAAUCUCUCUGCUUUGAUAUGUGUGGUAGUAAUAAAUUUUGCUAUUCCUGCCUUGAUCAUAGCGAUCUUGAAUAUCCAGGUUUACAGGAUGAUUCGCGAGCGAGCGAGAGGCAUCGAUGCCUUGGACAAAACUAUACAGCGUGAAAGUGGUGUCAAAAUAACGUCAGGUAGAACAACUUUCUUGCUUCGUGCUCUGCGCAAGAAGCAAGUGCCUCCCGUCGCCGGAAUAGAAACAAAGACUAAGAAAAGGGACCCCGCGGUCAUCCUCGUCUCCGUCACAAACAGAAAAGCCUCAGAAUGCCAUCACAACCCCGCAUACGAACAACAGAGCGAUGUCGCGACGUCAUCGUUGUCUAAUGGCGGGGCAUCGGCCAGCAGUAUCGCGAAUGACGAGAAUAACGUUUGCGAGACGAACGACGAGAAAUCUGAAGAGCGCGAAAACAUGAACGUUGACGAGUCGAUUCCACAAACUCCUGAACUCAAACAGAAUGUUUUCUCGGUGUGCAAAGGAGAGCAACGGAAACACGAAAGCCCCAAAGCAACGCCUAACUCGAACCUGGAGGGUAUGAAAACUAAAUUGAAGAAGAAACAACGUGAAUUUAAACGGGAACGGAAAGCCGCGUUCAUACUUGCUGUUUUGGUUUCGGUGUUCAUAUGCUGCUGGUUGCCCUACAAUAUUACAGUUGUGAUAGGCAUAAGUUGCAGUUACGAAUGUAUCCCAGAAACAGUGUUCAUAGUGGUGGAGAAUUUAGUUUGGAUCAACAGUGCACUGAAUCCUUUGCUGUAUGCUUUCACUAACGUCCAUUUUCGUCGAAACUUUCUGACAUUUCUAGGGUUUGGACGGAUGGCCCGGAAACUAGAAGGACCACACAGCAUUGCUUGAUUGCUGUUUUUUGUAUCAUUAU